GGAGAAUACAAUGAGUUGAGCAAUAUUGUUGAGUUUGUAUUUGUGAAUAAGACCACAAACAGAUGGGAUGGGGUUCAUUUGCUGCUUGGUCCUGCUGAUGAGAUGCUCUCUGGUGGAGGGCAGCAACUCGGCUGUUUGUUACCCCAAAAUGAAUUUCCUUGUGCACCGUCCGCCUCCCUCUGAGGGAUGGAAAAGGAGCCGAGAGCUCAACAGACAAUCACUUUCUCCCUGGAAGUGGAAGAGAAUCUUUGUGGAGAAUGGUAUUCCUCAGGUGAUCUACGAAGCAGUCUGUGAUGCGUCAUACUGCGAAUAUCCACAGAGUGACAUCGAAGCUCAGGGGAACCUCAACGCUGUGGCCAUCCACCAGGUGCACAUGGUCCUGCAGAGACAAAGAGGCAGGCCCAGGUGUUACGUCGCGCAUUUCAGACGCGUGGCAGUGGGCUGCAUGUGCGUCUGGGCCAAACAUUCACACUGAAGGACACUCCGCUUCAUGUGAAACAUUAUGAUCUGUAUAAUGUGUCCCACAACCACUUAAGCAUACCUGAUUCUAACAUUGAUCCUGACCCCCUAAUACAAAUUGUUAGCAAGCUGUCAUUAAUCAAUGGGAAAAUAAAUUGUUGUAAAGAUGCUAUGCAAAAAUAUGCCAUGUUUAUGUUUCAACAACUGAGAUAACAUGUUUAUUUGUGGGUCUGUGGACAAUGUCUUUGAAAAUCUAGCAGAUUGGACACAAAAUAAAUAAACAAUACAAGAUAAAGAGCUUCCACACAUGUCUUGUGCUAAUUAUUUAGUAUACUUAUACACAAUACUUCAUUACUUAUACACAAUACUUCAAUUCAUUUGGCUGGCACUGUUAUCCAACGUGACUUACUUUACAAAGUGACUUACAAUUUACAUUCUGGUUUUUGUGAAUCUAUGGUGCUCUCGCAGCAUAGAGACAGAUGCUUAAAAGAAAAUCCCAAUGAUUUUUCACAUACCGGUAGGUCUCUGUUUCUCGAAGUCACUGAGAACUGUCUGUAUGAAAACUCCCCGGAAAAUAAUCGGUUCAGCCUAUAGCUGCAGACAAUGACUUGAGCCGGCAGGCAGCUACAGUGCUACA